GAAAAUAGGACGUUUGAGAUCAGUGAUAUCCAGCACAGCUUGUUAUCCUGCCAUCUAAGACUGUGAGAUGAAGACCCAGCAGCCUCUUCACGUGGCCACUCCCCUGAGGCAGAGCAUUGCCCUGAGUAAAGUUGCUGGGACCUCUGUUUACCUCAAGCUGGAUUCAUCUCAGCCCACGGGAUCCUUUAAGAUCCGGGGCAUCGGACACCUCUGCAAAACUUGGGCAGAGCGAGGAUGUGAGCGGUUUGUCUGCUGUUCAGGAGGAAAUGCUGGUAUGGCAGCAGCUUAUUCUGCCCGUCAACUCGGCGUACCUGCAACUAUAGUAGUUCCAAGUGUCACACCAAACCCAACAGUGGAGAGGCUGAAGGACGAGGGCGCCACUGUGGUUAUCCAUGGCAAGGCUCUAAAUGAUAGCAUUGAAUACGGACAGCAGCUUGUGGCAAACAACCCCAGCUGGAUAUUCAUCUCCCCCUUUGAUGAUCCCCUCAUCUGGGAAGGCCACACGUCUCUGGUGAAGGAGCUGGAGCAAGACCUAAAGGUGAAGCCAGGAGCGAUAGUGCUGUCGGUGGGAGGCGGAGGCCUGCUGAACGGAGUGGUGGAGGGACUGCGUCGUGCCCACUGGGCUGACGUGCCCAUUAUAGCCAUGGAAACCAUGGGAGCACACAGCCUCAAUGCAGCAAUGAAGGCUGGGGAGUUGGUCACUUUACCUGCCAUUACCAGUGUUGCAACCACACUGGGCCUGACGAGGGUGUCUGCACAGACUUUUAAACUGGUGGACGAGCACCAGGUUUUCUCAGAAGUCGUCACAGACCAGGAGGCUGUAAAAGCUGUGGAACACUUUGUAGAUGACGAGAAGGUCCUGGUGGAGCCUGCUUGCGGUGCCGCCCUGGCAGCUGUGUACAGCGGCAUUAUCAAAAGGCUGCAGGACGAGGGCAAGCUGGCACAGCGUCUGGGCCCGGUGGUAAUCGUGGUGUGCGGCGGCAACAACAUCAGCAUAGAGCAGCUAGGGAGGCUGAAAAAACAGCUUGGUAUUAUCUAGCGCCGCCGACUUCCUCGGGUCUUCCUGACCUUUCCUCCAUCAGCUGGCCUCGAUCCAUAAACCACCAUUGUUUAUGUGCUCCAAAGACUGAAUCAUUCCAGACUGUGAGACACUCCUGAGCACUGACACUGACAUGUGAGAGUGAGCUGCUGGAAGGAUUUCUUUUUUUAUCUUGUAAAAACCUUUGCAGUUGUGAUGCUGCUCUGGUAGACGUCAUUUAUGACUCUUGACUUUUAGAAAAAAAGUACACCGACACAUUCAGGUUGUAUUUGUAUUUAGCGUGCUGGUAUGCUGUUGUUCUUCUGCUUUUGUACAUUGUAAUGUAUUUUAAAAAUAAUAAAUUAUAU